AUUCAUGAGGCUAUUCCAGCAAGACCAAGAGUGGUUAUACGAAGUGUGUGAAAAGGUCGCAGUUGAGGCUGUGGUCCACAGGGAGCUUCAGAGAGGAACUUCAUUUUUGGGGGUAUCUGGUGUGUACUGGAGGGUCUUCGCUUCGACGACAUGAGAUCUAUACUAAUUCUCCUGACUUUGAACCUCUCCUUCUUGGCAUAUGGGGGACCAGCAGGUCCUUCUCGGUCGAAAGCAUCACACAGAGAAAAUUCGUCGCAGCAUGAUGCACCAGAAGGCAGAGCAGGCGAGAGAGGUCCCUUCAAGAACCUGCUACAAAAGAACUUGUUUAACAGCACAGCAUCCGCCCGAGUGAACGACAAAGUUGUGGACAAGUGCUACGAAAUGUUACAGCAAAAGUACACCCCCGGCUACCCUAUCAGAGGUCUCCAAAAGACGGCGAAAGUGCUGGAAGCCAUUGCUGCCAAGAGGGACAAAGGCUACAGCUCACUCAAUGUGCCGCGAGCAUUACUGAAGCGUUUGCAGGAGAGAGAUGGCCAGAGCGGAUCUCAAAAUCUGCAGGAAGCUGCCGAUAUCGUCCGCUGUCCUAUUGCCGAAACCAUCUUCCCCUGCACGUGCGAGCCUAACACAGCAGUCAUCAACUGUUCUGCUACUGGGAACUUCUCUAGAAUCAGAGAGAUCUUCAGGACGGCAGUCUUCAUUGACAGAAGCUUCAAGAGAUUCCUACUCUACAGCCUAGGACACCAGGUGCCCAGCGAAACCGUCCUGAGGGCGGGCACCUUCGGGCCGGCCACAUUCCAGGAGGUGGUCUUCGAAAGCACCAACCUGCAGGCGGUGGAAGCGGGCGCCUUCCAAGGGAGCGAGUACACCCUCCAGCUCAUUCAGAUGGAGUACAACCCACAACUGAGCUUUUUUCCUUUUGAAGAUCUCCAUAAAUUCGGCGAACUUCUGGAAGUCAAGCUCAGUUACAGCAGAAUACAACAGGUUCAGCCACUGCACACAGUACCUAGACUGGAGUCUGUCCAGCUCAACGACAACAUCAUCAGCUACAUAGAACCCUACGCAUUUGCUCUCCUGCCGAAACUCAUGACAUUAGACUUGGGAAACAACCAUCUCACGACGAUCCAAGCGCACGACUUUGCGUUCUCUUCGCCCGAUGUGAUUCUGUACUUAGACCAGAAUAAGAUAUCGAACAUAGAGGACGAAGCAUUCAGCAACGAACAACCCAGCCUCCUGGAUCUCUACCACAAUCAGAUGACGACACUAAAUGCCUCCGUCUUCCAGCCCAUCCUCGACAACAUCCUCCAGAAGCAAUACGAAACCUACAUAAGCGCCGAGGAGAAUCCUCUCUGCUGUCUGGGUGUCGACUGGAUUCUACAGAACCCGUCUUACUUCGACCUCGUGUAUCUCCCAACGCUAGACUGCUACAGUAUAGUAGGUCUUGGGAAGAGUGUAUAGAAACAAAUGCAGUUUUUAUUUUGCCUGUUUCAAAGAGAACGGUUAUCAUGAUAUCCUUUGCAAGGAGAAUAUCAAGGUGAAUAAAUUCAUGGAUCUUUGGGGUUGGUAAUAUCGGCGACUACAUUGCUGUAUGUGAUACUAACUGGUUUGAUAAAUACACUACCAAAGAGCACAA